GGCGUUUACUUUAAUAUCCCCCUUCUACAUUGUCACGGAGCUGAUGACGGGACAAAGUGAAAAAGAUGAUAUCUUUCCGGAAAGCUGCAAGCAAACCCUAGCUUUCCCCCAACAUUUUCCACCCAGAAUCCCUUUGCUUCACUGAUUUUUCCACUUUUUUCUUUUCUCCUUCUUCGUCAAGGUGCUGGAACUGUGGAAGUUAGGGUUCGUGGGCGGUGACAGCGACAGCAGUUGGGAAGAAGAAGAUACUUGAGACUGCCAAUGCCAUUUGUUUCGCCUCUGGGGAAGACAAAGAAGACGCUUUCGGUGAUUUUUCGGGUACCGAAGAGAGGUGAAUUUGAGCGCCGUAGCCAUCAUGUCUUGGGCAUCCACAGAAGAUAUCUUUCUCUCCACAUCGCUUGCGGCCUUUCUUGACAAGAAACUUCUUGUCUUGUUGCGAGAUGGGCGCAAGCUCUUGGGAAUACUUCGUUCUUUUGAUCAGUUUGCAAAUGUUGUUCUUGAAGGUGCGUGUGAGCGGGUUAUUGUUGGGGAUCUUUAUUGUGACAUUCCUUUGGGUCUUUAUGUAAUCCGUGGGGAAAAUGUUGUCUUAAUUGGGGAGCUGGAUUUGGAAAAAGAGGAGCUCCCCCCUAAUAUGACUCGUGCCUCGACAGAAGACAUAAAAAAGGCUCAGAAGGCAGAAAGGGAUGCUUCAGAUCUGAAGGGCACGAUGAGGAAGAGAAUGGAAUUCCUCGACUUUGAUUAAUCAUUGUCUAUUCAACAACUGAUCGUCCUGCUCUUAUUUGCUGGGAACAUACCAUGUACCCUAGCAUUAUUACGGGGCUUAGCCAAUUUCUGGGGUGGUGGGAGUAAGUGAGACGGGUUUAUUUUUUUUAAACAAGUACCCUUCCUCCCUCCCUCCACUCUCUCCCUCUUUUGGUUGUUUCAGACAAAGUCGCUGGUUCCGUCUUUCCUUGAUUCCAUUUGAUGUUUGCAACGUACAUGGUCAGUUUCAUCCUUGCUAGCUUAGAUGUCAGAAUUAUUUUACUGACGCCGACGAUGAUGCACGAUGCACUUGUCAGGGAUGGCUUGCCUUCUCAAUUGAACACUUGUUUAGAUACGGGAAAUUGUGGAGGCAGACGCGGGUUUCGCCAUUCUAGCCACAUUGUGGAAGGGAGCAGUUGCUUUCAAUUCAUUUGUAACAUGAAAAGUUCAUUGAGGUAACAGAUAUUUGUGAUGCCUCGUGUACCCAGCCUUCUUUUUGUAGUGCCGCUUUUUGUUGCAUUGCUUUUUAUAUUAUGUCAUAUUUUCCCACUCCAAAAUUUAUGUUCCCGAAUUUUAUAAUGUGUUAGGAAUUGAUGUUUGGUCCAUGGUGUGAGAUUCUGCAAAAA